UGUGCCCAUUCCCAAGAUGGCGGCCGAGGACAACGGAGGCUAUUUGACCGCCGGGCUUUAGCCUGGGACUAGGCAUCCCAGUAGGAUUGGGAGGAGGAGCCGGCCUGGGAGGAGAGAGGCGGGGCGAGGUGGGACAAGAGCCGGGAGGCUGAUGUGUCUGUUGGCUUCGAGGCACCGGCUCGCCCCAUCUUCUUUCCGUCUAGUCUCCAACCCCAGGAGUGGUAGGAGCCCAUCCCUUUCCUUCGGGAGCCGUCAUGAGGUCCUCGGCAGGCUCUCUCACAGACAGUGAGUCCGAGGACGCGUUGCACAGCACCCCCUUACUGCAGAAGCCCCCUCCGGGCGGCCCAGUUCCUGUAUGCUGUUCCACACGUUACAACUUAGCAGUAAUAUCCUUUUUUGGCUUCUUCAUCCUCUACGCCUUACGUGUGAAUUUAAGUGUAGCAUUAGUGGAUAUGGUAGAUUCAAAUAAAAGUAUGGAAAGAAACACAACUUCUGAAGAGUGCCCAGAACAUUCUGCUCCCAUAGGAAACUUUCAUAAUGGAACGGGAAAGAAAUACCAUUGGGAUGCUGAAACUCAGGGAUGGAUUCUUGGCUCUUUUUUUUAUGGCUACAUCAUCACUCAGAUUCCUGGUGGAUAUAUUGCCAGUAAAGUGGGUGGAAAGCUGCUUUUGGGAUUUGGAAUACUUGGUACCUCAUUAUUCACAUUACUGACCCCCAUUGCUGCAGAAUGGGGAGUGGGCUUUCUCAUUGCAGUUCGAGCUUUAGAAGGACUAGGAGAGGGUGUUACAUUUCCUGCAAUGCAUGCUAUGUGGUCUUCUUGGGCUCCUCCUCUUGAAAGAAGCAAACUUCUUAGUAUUUCAUAUGCUGGAGCACAGCUUGGAACAGUCAUCUCUCUUCCACUGUCUGGAAUAAUUUGCUUCUAUAUGGACUGGACUUACGUCUUUUACUGUUUUGGUGCUCUUGGAAUAAUUUGGUUCAUUUUAUGGAUCUGGUUGGUUAGUGACAGACCAGAAACUCACAAGACAAUCUCUGUUUUGGAAAAAGAAUACAUUCUUUGUUCUCUGAAAGAUCAGCUUACUGCACAGAAAUCAGUACCAUGGAUAUCCAUGCUGAAAUCACUACCACUUUGGUCUAUUGUUGUUGCACAUUUUUCUUACAACUGGACUUUCUAUACUUUACUGACAUUAUUGCCUACAUAUAUGAAAGAAAUAUUAAGAUUUGAUGCUCAAGAGAAUGGACUUUUAUCUGCACUACCUUAUUUUGGAUGUUGGGUUUGUAUGCUCUUAUCUGGUCAAGCAGCUGACUACUUAAGAGUAACAUGGAAUUUUUCGACUGUAUGGGUCCGUAGAGUAUUUAGCUUAAUAGGAAUGAUUGGGCCAGCAGUAUUCUUAGUGGCAGCUGGAUUCAUUGGCUGUGAUUAUUAUUUGGCAAUUGCCUUCUUAACUAUAUCCACAACAUUAGGAGGUUUCUGCACUUCUGGGUUCAGCAUCAACCAUCUAGAUAUUGCACCUUCGUAUGCUGGCAUCCUUCUAGGCAUCACAAAUUCAUUUGCUACUAUUCCAGGAAUGAUUGGACCAGUCAUUGCAAAAAGUCUAACACCUAAUAACACAGUAGCAGAAUGGCAGGUGGUGUUCUAUAUUGCUGCUGGUAUUGAUGUAUUUGGAGCACUUUUCUUCUCUGCUUUCUCCAGGGGUGAAGUACAGGACUGGGCUCUGAAUAAUUAUCACAGGCAUCUAAACUAAGGGGGAAAAAACAUGGAGAAAGCCAAUCUUUUCAUUCAUUUUUAUCAUCAUGUAACCGAAAGUGCCUUUGACAUUCAAAUGCUUAAAAAUUCCACCAAAAAAUAUACUUACAUACUUUUAAGACUUAAAAUUAUGAAAUCUCACUACUUGAUUUUUGUGGAAUUUAAUAUCUUUAAUCAUUUAUGAUGAGCAGAGCUAUGCUAGAACUUGUCAUUUAGGUUCAUAUACACAGCUCUAAAAGAAUUAUGCAUAGUAAUUCAGAACUAACAUACCAACUAAAAGUCAAAAACCUUAAAAUAGUAGUGCUAUUUAUUUAUAUUUAGGAGAAUGAGCCGAAGUGAACUCUGUAGCUUUCCAUAAGCUGAAUGGAGAUUCUCAGGAAUUGAUAAAGAUUUGUUCUCAUCAAAGCUUCUCUCAUAAGUUAGUUCUCAUUAGUUCAAGCCCAGAUUUGGGUAAGUCACAUAACCUUUCUGAGCCUCAGUUUCCUCAUCUGUAAAGAUACCAAUACUUGCACUUCCUACCUCACAGAGUUAUUGUGAGGAUAGCACAAUAUGUUCUAUAAAUCAGCUACUUUUAAUCUACUCUCCCUCAUACUCAGGUCUGACAGUUUACAAUUUCCAUGGUGCCGGUAGCAACCAUAGAAUCUGACCUUGUAAUUGGUCUAGUUCAAUCCAAAAUGUAUCAAGUCGGCUGUGUGUAAAGCCCUGAGAUAACUCUUGGAGAGACAAUCAAGGAAGGUCGCUGCCUUCAUGGAGUUUGCUGUUGGCCAGGUAGCAUCUUCAUUUUCACCAACAGACCAUUUUUCCUCUGGCUCCUGGGACAGGGAGUCCACCUAUUGCCACACAGACCAAGAGUGCCCAGUAAUUGCUCAGUGCUAUCACCUUGGCAAUGUAAGGGUGUCCGUAUAUGACUAAUGACGCUGCACUUUCAGGGCAGCCAAAGCUGGGAGACAUCUCCACCUCUAAGUAUAUUUGAGGUAACCUCCACCCACCUUAUUUGGUGAGCUGAGCUCCAAGUGGUCAUAUAGAGUCUACAACACAGAUUUAGACUCCAGGUCAUUCCUAAAUCAUCCCAUAAACCAUGCUUGGGACCAGCUGUCCAUGCCCUUCUGGUUCCAAAUAUAGGUACCUGCUUCUUGAUCUAUUCUCACAGCCAUAGAACCCAUCCUCAUUCCUCUGCCAGUCCUAGCUUGAGCCUCUGUUUGCAAUUCAAGGUGAAAGUGGUUUUUCAAGGCCCAAAUCAUCUGGGAAGAGGGUUUACAAUGGAAUUUUCACCAAAUUUUCUGCCAGUGAUUUCAAAGCAUGCUUUAAAAAACCUUUAUUUGAUUUAAGCCUUAGCUGAAUCCUAUUUACUUGUCUAAGAUAACUUUUUUUGUUACUUGUUGGGUGCAAUUUUAUGUAAUUUAUUUCCCAGACUAUAUUCAGUCCAACAUUUAUUGUAAAUAGUUUUAAUUUGUCAUGUUGGUAUUACUUUUUAAUAAAUCAUUAAAAUUAUGAUUAAAUGUGAA